UCUCAAUUUUGUGUUGUUUCUGCACGUACUUCUGCACUUGUUUUCUCUUUGGGGUUUUUCAUUGCUUGUUUUCCUACCUCUUGGGUGCUUCGGACGCUGGUGAAGAUCCUUGCAAUCGGAUAUAAUUAUUGCAGUUCUUUGGCGAAUAUUCUUUGGACUAAGAAGAAGGAGUUAUGCCUGUUCGUGAAGAUACUCGCCCACGCGCGGUCUCGCCGAGCACCCGCGGUGUAAAUGGAAAACAGGCUACUGAAGAGCAAAAGAGAAUGGCUGAGUUAAUUGCGAACGAAGCAGUUCCCGACUUGCUGGAACGGGCUCGCCGAGUUAUGGAAGUUACGAAUUGCAGUGAAGAUGUCGCAUUGUUGGCUCUUCAUGAGUUCCAUUUCGACGCUGAACUUGCCGUGGACAAUGUUUUGUCUACUCCGAAGGACGAGUGGGAAUGGACUACAACAGCGAAAAACAAGAAAACACCAAAGAGUGAAAGCAGCAGCUCAUCUGGGCGUCGUGGUGGUGGAAUGUCAGCUAGUCACAGUGGCAACACAAGGAGCGGAUACCGCUCACGAAAUGAAAAUACAAGUACUGAUGCUACUAGCUCUGAGGGCAGGCAACAGCAACAGCAACAGCAGCAGCCUUGGCGCCCCGGCCGCAAUAAUGGUGACCGUACAGAGAACAACUCUAAACCAAGUCGCAAUGGCAGCGACUUCCGCCAGCGCUCUGAUUCGUCCAGAGGCCAGGGCUCCAGCCGGGGCCGUGGCGGCAGCUUUAAUAGUCGCGGUGGCAUGACCAGAUCGUCAUCAGGGGGACGGCCGGUCAAUGGGCAGUCGACAACAGUACCUAAAAAAUCAGAAACUCGUGAAAGCGAAGCAGUUGAAAAGGAGGCCCCGUGCGUGUCAGAAAUCAAAUUAGAGGAAUUGGCAAAGGAGCUGCCCGCGCCACAGACACCGGUACCCGAGGACGACAAACCAGUAAUAGAUUUAGUAAACAUGCCCACGCAUGUUGUUGUCGUCCAUGACGACACGGAUAAUUCAAAAUGCUUUGGCACUUUCCCCAAAAAUACGCCCAUGCCACCUCUGGGAGUGUGUCGCAUUCGGAGAUCAUCGAUCCCCCAAGAACCAGUCGUUAUGCCCGCGUUGCCGUCAACUUCUGCUUGUGGUCUUCAGUUUAUGGAGCCGCAUGCGUACGGCGUGGCUGGACGGCAAAUGCCAACUUCUCCGACAGUUUCAGAUGCCGGUUGUGGUGGCUCAUCCUCCUCGCCUGUGUCUGCAAUGAGUGACCAGCUAAGCUCACCUCGUCUGAAUAGACAUUCACGUGGCCACUCGCGAACUCACUCCAGUGCAUCCAGCACCGGUGGUGUGCUCGAUACUCAGCAGGCACCUGUGCUGGCCCACUACUCCGCAGAUGAUGUUGCUAAUGCCGCCGCUGCCGCACGCCAGCCUCCCGUGCAGGACCAUCCGGCCGCUGCCAGUGGCGUGCUCAUGCGCGCAGCCUCGCCACAGCCAGUACCCACUGCUGAAAUGCAGACGGAAACUUCGUUCUCCUCGCUGCCAGAGUCUUCUCGGGCCAUUCUCCAACAGGCGUCCCUUGCAAACUCGCAGCAGCAGCAGCAGCAACAGCAACACAUCCUCAUGCAGCAACAACAUCAACAGCAACAGCAGCAACAACAACACCAUAUGCACUCUAUGCAACACUCUUCGCAGCAGCAGCAGCAGCACACUGGUAUGGCACCUAGUCAGAUGCCAGCCCAACCACCGUCGCCCGCUCUCCAGCAGCAGCAGCAGCAGCAACAACAGCAACAACCACAGGUAUCAGAACAGGCAGUACAGACUGUGCCAACACCCACAUCCGUUCUGCUGCGCAACCCAAGCCAGCACAACACCUCGACCGUCACUGCCGGCGAUUCGGCCGCUACGGCUGUGGCCUCGGCCACUGAAGUGGAGUCUGCCGUGGCUACUGCUCCCGAGCACAGCCAAGCAGCUUCGGCGACUGUCGACGCUCCAUUCAGCCGGCCACUUCCACCGGGCGUAUCCACCGCUAACCCACAGGAGCGCAGUCUGCAGGAUGGCAGAUCAGCUGCUAUCAAUGCUGCUGCCUCCUUGGCCUCGGCUCCCGUGGCUGCCGCCGCUGCUGCGUCCACUUCUGAACAACAUCAGCCAACCCGCGCACCAUCUGGUAACAAGUCUGGCCCUGGUAUGUACAUGCAGAACCAAGCUGGGUACAUGGGACCACAUCACUACAUGCAGCCUAUGAUGCAGCCCUACUCCGACUACGACAACGGGCCGCAGUCUAGAGCUCGCAUGGGUGGCAUUCACGAGGGCCCAGUCCAGACUACAUACCAAGGCACGAAUGGUGAACAGUCUGCCUCCUCCAGUGGGGUGCUGGGUCCUGCACCGACCGGUGCCAUGUCUAUGAUGCAACAGCAGCCCCAGCAGCAGCAACAACAACAGCAGCAGCAACAGCAGCAGCACAUCCCCCAGUAUUACAGCAACAUGUAUGGCUUCAUGUACCCACCAGUACAAUUCCCCACCGGUCCAGUGCCGCACUAUGGAUUCCAGCGUUCUCACCCGUACAGCACUCCACCGUACAUUGCUGGACAACACCCGUAUUCCGCAGUGGGUCUGCCAGGGUAUGAUGAGGAAGCAAGCGGCUACCCUGGUAAUGCCGGCCAAGGUGGACAGGUGAAAGCUGGUAGCACCAACACUGCAGCCAUGACGUCGGUGAGCUCUGCAUCUGUAAGCACUGACUCCUUCAAGGGUCAAAACUUUGAGACGAAGAGCAUCUACGGCGUUGGCUCCGGCCCCUACAGCCUGCCCGCUGGCGUGCAGCAGACCUACAUGCACAACAACGCUGGCAACCCGGCCGCUGCAGCCGCCGCCAUGAUGGGCCGCAACAUGGCACCACCACAGGUGCAGCCGGGAACGGCCACCCACUAUUCCCAACACGGCGCCAUGCACCCAGGCAUGAUGGACAGCAUGCAGCAACAGCAGCAGCAGCAACAACAGCAACAGCAGCAGCAGCAGUCGGUGCGCACUACUGGCUCGCAAGGUGGCAUGGCCAGCUCAAACAAGCACCAUCAGAACAACAGCAAAUACACUGCCAAUCACGCACAGUACUCCGCUAACAACUGGUAAACCAUGUAUCUGCUGCCCCAUAUGCUGCUUUGACUGUUCAGCUGAAUCUUUUCUUUCCUUUGGAAUACUAGCCAUGAGAUUGCGGAGCCGUCCCCGAGCCCGUUUUUUCUUGUCUUUGCUCCUUCCUUCGGUGCGGUUCCACCAGCACGCGCCUAUCUGUCUGUGCCCGGCCAUGUGUUUGUGGCGCACUGCAUAUACAGUGACUUUAUGGUUGCUAUGGCAUCGUGUCUAUCCUGCCUGCACUCGCUUGUGUGUGUGUGUGUGUGUGUAUCCAAGAUCCAAUGCUGUAUUGUUACGCCCUUAUCAUCCAGCAAUACAGGUGAUGCGAAUAGUGAGGAUGAUGACAAUGGUCCCCGUUCUUCCCCUAACAGCCCCCGUUCUGUUACACCGGUAUUAGCUGAUGCAUACUGCUGUACAAGGCCACCGUGCUAACACACAUUCUAUUGUUGAUUGCUACUACUGCUUUGAGUUUCCUUCUUUUUUGCCAUAUGAGAAUGUGUGUGUGUGCGUGUAUGUGUCAGUGUGUGCCUGCGCGCGUGAGGUGCGUGUGGUUUGCUGUGGUUUGCUGUGGUUGGUAGAAGUGGCGCAUGCUCUUCUUCCCCAGCUGUUUGUUUCUGAGUUUAUUUAGGGCCGCUCCCGUGAUACUUUAUAUCCCUUUCGUAGCCGCUUUCGUAUUGACAGGCUGUCUGCUUGGCGUGUGGUUAGUGAUCAUCCUUUUGGUAUUGUCUAUAUCUAUAUUUCUCUGCUUCCAUUCGAACUGUCCCGCUGUUCUGUUCUUCUUGACUGUGCUGGCAUACUCGGCUGUAAUUUAUUGUCCUAUCUGAAGCUCUAUGGCGUACCAAAAAGAAAUCCUUGCAAUAGAAAGAAAGAAAGAGAAAGAUCAGCCUCUGACAGAA